GCCCGCCCGAGGGAGCGGGAGGCUCGUUUGGGGGCGGGCAGCGCCCGUGUGGCGCGGUCCGGGGGCGAAGCGGCGCGUCAUGUCCGUCGGGGCCGCCCUCAGGUGCGCAGAGCCACGACGGCUCCGCGGUUAUGGGGGAAAAACCCCGUUUCCUGUUAGAAACAGCCCCCUGGCCCGUGUUUGAUAAGUUUCUGGUGUCCGCAGCGGAAUGUCGGCGGUGGCUGGGACGGGUGACGCGCUCCGUGUGUCAGCGUGAGGCUGCCUGGUGCUCUGGGCACAGCCUGUGUCGUCGGAGAAAACAUGCGCGGUUUCUCAGGUCCCUUCUUGAGUACAGUGCUUUCCUCUGUUCGCAGAUUAACUAGCCAUGGUCCUCACGAGUGUGGGAAAGAUGAGCGGCCUCCAGAAAAAGACUUCUGGAAUCAGGAAUAUCUGUAUAUUGGCACAUGUGGAUCAUGGCAAGACUACUUUAGCUGAUUGUCUGAUAUCUAGCAAUGGAAUAAUCUCCAGCCGUUUGGCAGGAAAGCUGAGAUACUUAGACAGCAGAGAAGACGAACAGAUUCGAGGAAUAACGAUGAAAUCUAGUGCCAUUUCGUUGCAUUUUGAAAAAGGUGAUGAGGAGUAUCUGAUUAAUUUAAUAGACUCCCCAGGGCAUGUGGAUUUUUCUUCAGAAGUAUCUACUGCCGUCCGACUCUGUGACGGUUGCAUCAUAGUGGUGGAUGCUGUUGAGGGAGUCUGUCCACAGACUCAAGCAGUUCUACGACAAGCAUGGCUAGAAAACAUCCGUCCAGUAUUGGUGAUCAAUAAGAUUGAUCGUUUGAUAGUGGAACUGAAGUUUACCCCUCAGGAAGCCUACUUGCAUCUUAAGAAUAUUUUAGAACAGGUUAAUGCAGUCACUGGAACACUUUUUACCUCUAAAGUCCUAGAAGAAAGAGCUGAAAAAGGAAAUGAAAGUAUUUCGGAUUCUGCACCAGGAGAUCAAAUUUAUGACUGGAGUGCUGGCUUAGAAGAUACUGAUGAUUCCCAUCUUUAUUUCUCACCAGACUAUGGAAAUGUGGUGUUUGCCAGUGCAAUUGAUGGCUGGGGUUUUGGGAUUGAGCAUUUUGCCAAACUGUAUAGCCAGAAGAUUGGAAUCAAGCCUGCAGUACUUCAGAAGACUUUAUGGGGAGAUUAUUACCUAAAUACAAAAGCAAAGAAGAUAAUGAAAGGUGAUCAGUCAAAAGGAAAGAAACCUUUGUUUGUGCAGUUGGUCCUGGACAACAUAUGGAGUUUGUAUGAGUCUGUUAUGAAAAGAGACAAAGAAAAAAUUGAAAAGAUAGUCACCUCUUUGGGACUGAAAAUUGGUGAACGAGAGUCACGGCAUGCAGACCCUAAAGUUCAUCUUAAUGCCAUUUGUAGCCAGUGGCUACCAAUAUCUGAGGCAGUCCUCUCCAUGGUGUGUAAUAAACUUCCCAGUCCUCUUGACAUCACUGCUGAGAGGGUGGAAAAGCUGAUGUGUGUUGGAGCUAGAACAUUUGAUUCUUUACCACCAGAAACUCAAGAACUGAAAAACGCUUUUUUGAAGUGCAGUAGUGAAGGAACAGCCCCAGUUAUUGUCUUUGUUUCCAAAAUGUUUCCUGUUGAUGCAAAGGCGCUACCACACAAUAAACAAAGGCCUUUGACUCAAGAAGAAAUAGCUCAGCGGCGUGAACUUGUACGACGAAGGCAUGCGGAAAAAUUGGCAGCAAAUGAAGGAAAAGAUCUGUCAGAAAAGCCCCCAAGUGAAAAUACACCUGAAGUGAACACUGCUGAGACAAAAGGUGAAGAGCAACAGCUUAACAGUCAAACAGAGAUCAUGACCUCAAAGGCUGUGAAGCAGGAAGCAGACAACAAGGAGUCUUUCAUUGCUUUUGCUAGAGUGUUCAGUGGUACGGUACAAAGAGGGCAAAAGAUCUUUGUUUUAGGACCAAAAUAUGAUCCUGCUGAGGCUUUGCAUAAGUUGUCACACCAGUGUUCUGCUACAGAUGAUCUGCCAUUAGUACCUCAUAUGACUUGCUGUACAUUGGAGAAUCUCUAUUUGCUCAUGGGAAGAGAACUUGAAGAUCUUGAAGAAGUACCUGCAGGAAAUGUUUUAGGAAUUGGAGGCUUGCAGGAUUUUGUGCUGAAAUCUGCAACAUUGUCAACGUCGCCAGCUUGUCCACCAUUUACACCUCUCAACUUCGAAGCUACGCCAAUUGUACGGGUAGCUGUUGAACCAAAACAUCCAAGUGAUAUGCCUCAGCUGGUGAGAGGAAUGAAGCUUUUAAACCAAGCUGAUCCAUGUGUCCAAGUUCUAAUCCAGGAGACAGGAGAGCAUGUGCUAGUAACAGCAGGGGAAGUUCAUCUUCAGCGUUGCUUGGAUGACUUGAAAGAAAGGUUUGCAAAGAUAGAGAUUAGUGUAUCAGCACCUAUUAUUCCAUUCCGAGAGACAAUAACAAGACCUCCCAAAGUUGAUAUGGUGAAUGAAGAAAUAGGAAAACAACAGAAAGUUGCAGUCAUACAUCAAACAAAAGAGGAUCAAAAUAAAAUUCCUGAAGGAGUUGAGGUUGAUUCAGAUGGGCUCGUUACAAUAUCUACUCCAAAUAAACAUGCUACUCUCAGUAUAAGAGCAAUGCCACUUCCUGAGGAGGUUACUCGACUUCUUGAAGAAAACAGUGAUUUAAUUCGAACUAUGGAACAACUCAAUACAUCUCUGAAUGAAGAUAAAAAAACCCAUGAGAUAAAUCAGAAGACUAUUGAUAGGAUCAGAGAAUUUAAACAAAAGUUAGAGCAAAGUCUUCAGGGAAGAAAGUGGAGAAAUGCUGUUGAUCAGAUCUGGUCAUUUGGACCACGGAAGUGUGGACCCAAUAUUUUAUUAUACAAAUUUGAAGGUUAUAAAAAGUCUGUGUGGCAGUGCCUUGAGAAUACUGUGAAAGAAGUAAGUAAAUACAGAGAUUUUGACAACAGCAUAGUAAGUGGAUUUCAGCUGGCUACGCUUUCUGGUCCGAUGUGUGAAGAACCUCUGAUGGGUGUUUGUUUUACAGUGGAAAAAUGGGAAAUGAGUAAAGUUGGAGAGGUACUGUCAGCGAGUAGUCAGGAUUCAGGACAAUGUGAUGCCCUAGAACAAGAACAAAAUGAAGAUACUGCUUCUCUAAGAAGUACUUAUAUGGCUGAAGUUUGCAGUGAAGAUAAACACCAAGAUGGCAAUCAAAGUGUUCUAAGAUCACCUGAAAAAACUACUAAGCACAAGGCAGAAGUUUUACUUGCAGACUGUUAUGGUCCCUUCUCUGGACAACUGAUUGCCACCAUGAAAGAAGCUUGUCGUUAUGCUUUGCAGGCAAAACCGCAGAGGCUUAUGGCAGCAAUGUACACGUGUGAAAUUAUGGCAACUGCAGAAGUUUUAGGUCGUGUGUAUGCCGUCUUGUCCAAAAGAGAAGGCAGAGUGUUACAAGAGGAGAUGAAAGAGGGGACGGAUGUGUUUAUUAUUAAGGCAGUCCUGCCAGUAGCAGAAAGCUUUGGUUUUGCUGAUGAAAUCAGGAAGAGAACUAGUGGCCUGGCCAGUCCGCAGCUGGUGUUCAGCCACUGGGAGAUCAUUUCAAGUGACCCGUUCUGGGUACCAACCACUGAGGAAGAAUAUUUGCACUUUGGGGAAAAGGCAGACUCUGAGAACCAGGCCCGCAAGUACAUGAAUGCCGUAAGAAAGCGAAAGGGACUUUAUGUAGAAGAAAAAAUUGUGGAGCAUGCUGAGAAGCAAAGAACUCUCAGUAGAAAUAAGUAGCUGCAUCUGCUUUCAGUUCUCUCCUGACUCAGCUAAGUGCGAGUGGAUUAUUUUCUGUGCAGCAGUUUCACAAUUUCAUCUGGACUUGUUCUUUCACAUCAAUUUUCUUAAACCCUGUAAAGUUUGUGGCUUAUGUUUUAAUAAACUUAAGCCUUUCCAAAUUUUCUAUAGAGAAAAUAGUUUAUUUAAGUAAAAGAUAGGAACAGAUUCUUUGGAAUUGAUCAUCUUUUUUAAAUUUUCUGCCAUAUUGUUGUCACAGAUCAGGAAAUCAAAACUUAAUUUUUGUUUCUUUCUGAUUUAUCAGAUGUAAUUACAAUUAGAACUGGUUACCUAGUCUGUUGCAAAUAAA